UCUUCCGCAUUGUGUGUGCGCGUAGCGGGUCUCUAUGCUGCUGCGCUGUACUAUCUUUAAAGAGUUCGGAGGUGUUCGGCUCACUUUGACUGGUGAUUUUCUGGGCUUGGGCUUGUGGUUUUCUCUCACUAUAUUCUAAUUGCUGAGUCGAGACUGAAGCCUUAAAGGUAGAAAGCAUUUAGAUAGGUAUUUAAAGUAAAUAGGCUUAUAAUCGAAAGCUACAAAUAGUUCAUCAAUAGAGAUGAUUUGUUGGAACAGUCUCGCAGUCGCACUCAAUCUGAAUGUUGGCGAUUAGGCUUAUGUGCAAUUCUAAUUAGUCAAUCACAGAAUCGUGAUGUCGACUAUUCAAUAAAUGGAGAGUAUUCCAAGAUCAAGCGGCCAAUAUGAUGGCAAUUUAGGUGACAUCAUGCAGAAUGAACGACAGAUUGACAGAUUUCUUGAUGUGAUCUUUGAGUUUUUAUAUCGCAGGACUGAUUUUUAUCGGCUGAUGAAGCAUGAGAGUGAUUCCAUGGGUCUUCCUCCUGGUGUAGCCCGAAAACAUGUCAUGCAGGCAUAUAUGAAGUAUGAGCGUCUCGCCCAUGGGACAGAAAAUCCUGCCGCAGCAAAAAAUGAGAAGAAACCAGCAGCAAUUGAUCCUUCCAUUGAUGCCCCAGUCGCAGUUGAAUCUGUCGUGGAAGUCACGACCACCACUGAAGUAACGGAUCUCCCAGGUAGCCCUUCAUCAUCAACAAGCCAAUCAACUGAAGGCAGCUGUCCCACUGCACCAUCUGCUAGCCCUGCCACAGGGGCUAGUAGUAGCCCGAGGUUGAACCCUGAUACUGGUGAAGUGAUAGCUGAUACAGCAUGCAGCAAUAUCAGACAGAAGUCACAUGAUACACCACCUGACACACCAGCUCAAAGACAUAAAUUGAAUGCUGCCGACACAUACAAUGGUGCUUUGAGAGAUAACUACGCCUGGUCGCAAACACUGAAGGAUAUAGACCUGAAGGUGUUUGUGCCACCGACAGUCACCAAAGCAAAACAACUCACGGUUGAUAUCAGGAAUGACUCUAUUAAGGUUACCUUGAAGGGAAGUCCAUCCGAUGGUCAAGGCGGGAAGGUUUUAGUCGAAGGGAAACUCAAGGAAGGUAUCAGAGGAGAAGAAACUAUCUGGAGCUUGGAUCCAGGAAAUUGUUUACAGAUUAACCUUGAGAAGAGGAGAGAGGUGUGGUGGAAGGGAGUCUUAGAAGAUGAGCCCGAGAUUGAUCAGAAGAGUAUUGACAACACCCAGUAUGUCCAUGAGAUGGACGAGCAGUCGCAGACAGAUUACCAACGUGUCAUGUACGACUUGGAACGAAAGAGACAAGGUCUUCCUUCGAGCAAAGAAGAGGAAACCCAUAACAUCCUGAGGAAAGCAUGGAAUGCAGAAGGGUCACCAUUCAAAGGAUCCGACUUUGACCCAUCAAAGAUCAACAUAUCUGCGUCUUGAUACUCCGUUCAAUCCGAAUAGACAAACUCCUUGUGAAAUCGAAUUGCUCAAGUAGGUUUAUGUCAGUAGAAUUUACAUUCAUAUCUAACCGACUCGAUUGAUAAUAAAUAAAUACAGUCAAAAUUGCUUUGUGCCCACCCGUCUAUGAAGGCCAUAGUAUUGGUUUCCUUUUGAUAAUUUUCUCCACUGAAAACAUAUUUUUAAGGAAUCUGUUCUUAAAGCAUCCAGCCAUUGACAAAUCAUGGGGAAAUUGAAUCAAUACGAAAUUUGCAAAAGGCCAAUUGACUUGCAUAAUAUAAUCCGUCUGUUAUGAGAGCCCGUCGGACUAAUGCGAUACACGUUCGGACAGCACGAUUUUGACUCGUGAUCUGUUUAACUUCGGGUCAUCGCAGUUCUAGUUUCCAACAAUCCAAAUUCCUAAACUCUUAGCAGGUCGCUUAGCCUAAACCAAAAUAAAUAACCUUUGUGAAGUUCCAUGUUUUAAAGUGAAAACACACAGUUUACUUCUGGUCGGUAAGUCUACUAACUAUUGCUCUCCUAUAUUAAACCUCCCAGACAUGCCGGCGUCUAUUACAUAACACCCCCAGGCAUGCAGCAGAGUGAAAGACUUGAAUCCCUUCUCUGUUCUGAUAUUAGCCUUGAUUUCCCCAUGAUUUGUCAAUGGAAGGUUGCUUUAAAAGACCACCUGCUUAUGUAAAUGCUGGUUUUCUUGUCUUCUUGAGUGGUCUAUAUUUAAAGGUCUCAUUGUAUUGGUGUCUUGUUUCGUUUUGACACUGAAAAUCUCUUGAAAAGUCAGGGUGACACUGGCUGUAAGGAUAUGGUCAUGAUAGCGUUCAUAUCAGGAACUACUACAUGUUAACAGAAUAUAAAUGUACAAUGAUUGUUCAGCAUGAAUAUCCGUAAUGUGAUGUAAUGGAAGUUACAGUUCAUCUUAAUCGUUUGCAUGACAGAAUGUAUAUGCAUGAAUUAUCUUUAUAAGGGUAAAAGUUUCAGUGUAAACUUCCAAUUCACCACAAUGAAUGUACAGGUAAUUCUGCCUCUAGUCAAACCUCUUUGAACCAUAGAAAUAUAUUUCAAUUAAGAGAUAUUUGACUCAAAGCAAUAAAGCCAGGUUAAUAUAAAUAUCCACAAAUAUUUUGGAAGUGCAUGGAGACAUUUGAUGAUAGUGUGAUAUGUGUAAACAGAAGAUCAUUAUUAUGAUUUGAUGACAUGGUUUGCACUAUGUUAUCUGAAUGAUUUUGACUUUGAUCCCUACAAUAUUUCUGACCAUAUGAUAUGGAGUGAAAUUUCUGAAUGAACAUUAUGAAUAUUUCUUGCAACCUUGAUUUACAGUUUAAUCUAAAUUUGAUCAUUUUAACAGGUCAAUUUUCGGAAUAAAGCAAUUGUCUUUUGUUUUUGUAUUUUUCUGUAAAUGUACAUAUUUUGAUUUUAU